AUGUAGUGGGUCAGGAGUAGGCUCAAGGUAAGCAUACAGAUAAGGUCCAGGUCUGAUUCUUUAAAAGUCAGAGCAAAGUGCAACUCUCACCAGUUCUUCUAUGCCAACCCUUCUUCCUCUUUCCUAACCUGGUUCUGUCAUGUGUUAAAAUGAAGUAACAUUUUUCUCCUGGGUGCCAGCUCACUAGUUAGUUAUUUGUCACAACUCACAGCCAUGAAGCAAAGUCCAAGGCCACAGACCUUUACAUUCCCUUUUUCUGAAGGCUGUACAAGGCAAUUCCAGCACGUAGACAGCUGAGUGCCUGUGCUGUAGAUCUCAGCCUGCUGGAGCCUGGCCAUGGUACUGUGGGGUCCAGCACUAGGAGCCUUGCUCCUGAUCAUCGUGGGAUACCUGUGUCUCCCGACGCUGCUCCGACACCGUGGGCCCCAGGAGCCACCUCUGGACAAAGGCUCUGUGCCCUGGCUGGGUCAUGCUGUGGCAUUCCGGAAGAAUAUGUUUGAAUUCUUGAAGGAAAUGUGGGCCAAGCAUGGAGAUGUGUUCACAGUGCAGCUAGGGGGCCAGUAUUUCACCUUUAUCAUGGACCCCCUCUCCUUUAGCCCCAUCAUCAAGGAUACGCAGAAAGCACUAGACUUUGUGAAGUAUGCAGAAAACCUGGUGCUAAAGGUUUUUGGAUACCAGCCCAUGGAGGGAGACCACCAGAUGAUACACUUAGCCAGCACCAAGCAUCUGAUGGGGCACAGCUUAGAGGAUCUCAACGCAGCCAUGCUGGACAGCCUGUCCUUGGUGAUGCUAGGACCCAAAGGCCCAAGUCUGGAUGCUGGUUCCUGGCAUGAAGAUGGCCUCUUUCACUUCUGCUAUAGCAUCUUGUUCAAAGCUGGCUUCCUCACCUUGUUUGGCUACACCAAGAACAAAGAGCAGGACCUGCUAGAGGCUGAGGAGAUGUUCGUGAAGUUCCGUAGGUUCGAUGUCCUAUUUCCCAGGUUUGUCUACUCCCUGCUGGGACCCCGGGAGUGGGUAGAAGUGGGCCAAUUGCAGCAUGUCUUUCACCAAAGACUCUCUGUGGAGCAAAACCUGGAGAAAGACGGCAUCAGCAACUGGGUAGGCUACAUGCUUCAGUAUCUGAGGGAGAAGGGCACAGCUUCAGUCAUGCAGGACAAAUUUAACUUCAUGAUCCUCUGGGCCUCCCAGGGGAACACAGGACCAACCUGUUUCUGGGCCCUCUUAUUCUUGCUAAAGCACCCAGAAGCCAUAAAGGCUGUGCGGGAAGAGGCCACCCAGGUCCUGGGUGAGGCCAGGCUGGAUGUCAAACUGUCCUUCACCUUCAAGUUUAGUGCUCUGAAAUGCACCCCAGUACUGGACAGUGUGUUGGAGGAGACUCUGCGGCUGGGUGCUUCACCCACUCUCCUCAGGGUGGUACAGAAGGACUAUGUCCUGAAGAUGGCCAGUGGGCAGGAGUACCAGAUCCGUCGAGGAGAUAAUGUGGCUCUCUUCCCCUAUCUUUCAGUGCACAUGGACCCUGACAUCCACCCUGAACCCACAACCUUCAAGUAUGACAGGUUCCUCAACCCCGAUGGCACCCGGAAAGUAGACUUUUACAAGUCAGGCAAGAAGAUCCACCACUACAGCAUGCCUUGGGGCUCGGGAGUCUCCAUCUGCCCUGGCAGGUUCUUUGCCAUCAGUGAGAUGAAGAUCUUUAUCCUUCUUAUGGUCAUGUACUUUGACAUGGAGCUAGUGGACCCUGAUAUGCCUAUGCCCCCUAUUGACCCAAGGCGCUGGGGCUUUGGCAUCACACAGCCCAGUCAUGAAGUGUGUUUCCGCUACCGCCUGAGGCCCAUGCAGUGAGCUCCUAGGCCUGACCACAAGGGUUCCCUCUUGGUCUCCCCGAUUUCUCACUCUCUGCAGUCCAGACCCAAAAUGACCACUCCUAUUUCUGGUUCUGAGGUACCCCUACAUGGUCCUGGCUGUCCUUGCCCUCUGGCCAUCCAGACAUCUCAUACGUAUAUCAAGCUCCCUUAAGAUGCCAUCUCCCCUGUAGACUGUACCAGACCCUCCUCUCAGGAGGAGCCUCUUUGAGCAGCUCAUUCUGAAGCUGAUUCCUGGCCUGGCUUGAUUUGCCUUGCAGUACAGAAACCGGCUCCCUUAAUAAAGCAGCAUCUUGCAGAUAUUAACACCUUCCCUCCCUCCUGCUCUACUCCACAUCCUAUGGGACUCAUGUUAAGAAAAUCAAAAAUCAGGGGGCUGGAGAGAUGGCUCAUCAGUUAAAAAACAAUGGCUACUCUUCCAGAGGGCUUGGGUUUGAUUCC